UCUCUCUCUCUAACAGUGGCGUCGCCCUUGCCCCCACUCUUUGCCCCCACUCUUUCAAAGGCAGCCUUCUUCGUUGUUACUCUCUCUCUCUAAAGAUUUUGAAACCAAUUUGGUGUUUUUCCUCAUUACUCCAAAUUUAGCGUAAGAAGUUUUGCUUUAUUUAGUUAAUAAUGGAAGGGAAUCUCAGUCAAGGGGCGCCACCGCCUUCAUCGGAUCCAGCCAUGGACAGUAGUUGCAGAAGAACGAUGGGUUCCGAGACAUCUGGGCUCACCGGAGACAAUUUCAGAACUCUUCUUGAAGAAGAAAAAGAAGAAGAGGAAGAGAUGGACAGCUUGAUGGCAGGAUCAAUGUUCACAGAAUGGACGGAUGAGAAGCACAGCCUAUACCUCAAUUCCAUGGAAGAGUUGUUUGUGAAACAGCUACAUGACGACAAAGAGUUACUUGCUGGGCAUUCAAAGAAUGAAGCCAUGCUCCAGAGAAACUCCUCAGGACAACUGAAUGAGAACAAUCAUGUCUCAUCUGGUCAGUUCAAAGUUCUUUGGAAUGGCUGCUGGCAGAAAAAUGAUAUUGAAAGAAUCCAACCUCAGUCGAUUGGUGCCUCUGACCUUCACAGUCUAUCAAAAAAUCCAUGGAUCCAGCAUUUUAGGUGUUCUGGCAAACAGGGAGAAGUAAAAUCAGCCAUUCCAGAAGAGAAUGGUUUGCAUUUUACCCAGGCUGUUCGCUUGGGAGGAACAAACAGAACAUCCUGUGGAGUGGUUACAAGUCCAAAGUGGCUUCCUGCAGAUCAGCCACUAUUGAUUCACCAGGACUUUGUUGGAAGCAAUACAGAUCAGAGGUUUAUGAAUUUUGAAAGAAUCCAACCUCAGUCGAUUGGUGCCUCUGACCUUCACAGUCUGUCAAAAAAUCCAUGGAUCCAGCAUUUCAGGUGUUCUGGGAAACAGGGAGAAGUAAAAUCAGCCAUUCCAGAAAAGAAUGGUUUACAUUUUACCCAGGCUGUUCGCUUGGGAGGAACAAACAGAACAUCCUGUGGAGUGGUUACAAGUCCAAAGUGGCUCCCUGCAGAUCAGCCGCUAUUGAUUCACCAGGACUUUGUUGGAAGCAAUACAGAGGUAUCAGAUCAGAACUUCAUUGAAGAAGAUCAUGAUGGAAAGAAGUGUAGUAGUGUGUGCAGCACAAAGAGGAUGAAGACACUCAACUGCUGAUGUUUCAAGCAAAGAUCAAGUUAUUCCGUAUGGGAAGUUUCCUUUAAUAUCAGAUUAUGAUGAGAAUCGUGCUUCUAUGAGAACAGAAGAAACUGGUAGUAGUGGUUCCAAUCAGAAAAUGAAAUAGAUCUGUAUGCCCAAAAUCUGUAGUGCAUAUCAGUCAUGACCAUAAUCUCAAGGCUGGUGAUUGUCGUGGUAGUGGUAGCUACAACUUGCAACUGAAGUUUGAAGUUAUUGAAUCCAGGAAAGAGAGAAGUAAAAAAGCAGAAGGAAAAGUGAAUUAGCUGCUGCUAAUUGGUUCUUUGCUAGUGUUGCGCCGAGGAUAUUAGAGUGAAGAAAAAUAGAAGCUGAUGAGGCAUAUACAAAAGAGUUUAGAAUUCCUUUUAUGCAUUAUAUAUUUGCCAUUUAUUCGUUAAAGUGUGUGCAUUGAACUUCUUUGUAGGCAAUAUGCACUAUAAAGUGUUGGUUCAGUUGAACUUGUACCGUAUAUAAUUAUUCUUGGAUAAGCUAUGUAUAAAUGAUAGUUGUGGCUUUCAAGUUC